AUGGAUAUCGUUCUCGAGGUCGUCGACACCUUCGUCGGCGACAAGAUCUACGCUUCUUUGCUGCCCGCCGGCGCAGCCCCUUAUGACUUCCCCCACACCGCUGCCAACGCCACGGCGCAACCGCUCUCGACAUGGCAGUAUAAGCCCGCGACUCACUGGCUUCAUCUCGAGCCCUCUGAGGCCGCCUACAUGAGCGCCUGGCCAAGAGACAACAUGUAUCGCCAGUUCACUUCGCUCUUCCUCGUCACCUGGAUCUUCGGACUGCUCAACUACUUCGUCUUCGCCACCCUCUCGUACAUUUUCAUCUUUGACAAGAAGACCUUCAACCACCCCAAGUUUCUCAAGAACCAGGUGUGGCUUGAGAUGAAGCAGGCUAACAAGGCCAUGCCCAUCAUGUCUCUCUGCACCGCCAUCACCUUCCUCGCUGAGGUUCGCGGCUUUUGCAAGCUCUACGACACCACUGAGGAGGGACCCGGCCGUUGGUACGACUGGGCCCAGUUCCCGCUCUUCAUUCUUUUUACCGACCUCUGCAUCUACUGGAUUCACCGCUGGCUGCAUCUGCCUUCCGUCUACAAGCACCUUCACAAGCCUCACCACAAGUGGAUCAUGCCAUCCCCCUAUGCCUCCCACGCUUUCCACCCCCUCGAUGGUUUUGCACAGUCCGUCCCCUAUCACGUUUAUCCUAUGCUGUUCCCCCUACAAAAAAUGGCCUAUGUCGCUCUGUUCAUGUUCAUCAACUUCUGGACCAUUCUCAUUCACGACGGCGAGUACAUUACCGACAACCCGAUCAUCAACGGUUCUGCCUGCCACACUGCCCACCACCUUUACUUCAACUAUAACUACGGCCAGUUCACCACGCUGUGGGAUCGUCUUGGCGGCAGCUACCGCAAGCCCGAUCUCGCAUGGUUCAACAAGCAGACCAAGAUGUCCGAAGAGACUUGGAAGUCCGGCAUCAAGGACAUGGAAAAGAUCCAGAAGGAGGUCGAGGGAGACGAUGACCGCCAGUAUGGUGCAUCCGUCGACCAAAAGAAGAAUAACUAA